AAGAGAGGCCUUGGGGCUAGAGAGCAAGGGUGGGUUAAAGAGGCACUAGGGGAAAAGCUGAGGGGACAGUCCACCCGGCUCGCUGAGCUCCCAGAGUGAGAAAGCCAGGGAAGGGCCACACCCCUCCCUCUCAGCCACCUGGUCAGAUGCCACCAAGCUGGCCAGCCGUGGGGCCCCGUGUCCAUCAUGGGUAGAGCUAGGGUCCAACACACUUAAACGAGGGAUGUCACAUUAAGUAUCCUGACCCUGCUGGGUGCUUAGGGUUGGAAGGUAAGCACUGUAUAUGGAGGAGGCACCCGUCCUGGUGGGUAUGUUCAGGGACUCAGUGCCCAAGGUCUUUUUAGCAUAAACCAGAAGGAUAGAAGCUGAACAUGGGGAUAGGGCUUUGCCAGAGAGACAGCACUGGCUGUUGAUGUUUCUGGCCAGUCUGGGGUGGCACUGUUAUGUCUGUGUCCCCGAGCAGAGCAAUACCUAAUCAUCAGUCUGUACUCAGACUUGGGCCUUGGGCAGAGAGAGCAUGUAGAUGAGAGGGGGGAAGAAAAGUCCAGAACGAGAAGACAAUUGCUGGUGUGGGUUGUGCCCAGCAGCGAGACUUGCACUGACUGCCUCUCGCUCCUGCCCCUCCUCCGCAGGCCCAGCGCUGGGACCAUGGCCCUGCCUCGGACGCUGGGGGAGCUGCAGCUGUACCGGGUACUGCAGCGCGCCAAUCUCCUCUCCUACUAUGAGACCUUCAUCCAGCAGGGAGGGGACGAUGUGCAGCAGCUGUGCGAGGCGGGCGAGGAGGAGUUCCUGGAGAUCAUGGCACUCGUGGGCAUGGCCACCAAGCCCCUUCAUGUCCGGCGCCUGCAGAAGGCACUGAGAGAGUGGGCUACCAAUCCAGGGCUCUUCAGCCAACCAGUGCCUGCUGUGCCCGUUUCCAGCAUCCCGCUCUUCAAGAUCUCUGAGACUGCGGGCACCCGGAAAGGGAGCAUAAGUAAUGGGCAUGGUAGCCCAGGGGAAAAGGCGGGCAGUGCCCGCAGUUUCAGUCCCAAGAGUCCCCUUGAACUUGGAGAGAAGCUAUCACCACUGCCUGGGGGACCUGGGGCAGGGGACCCCCGGAUCUGGCCUGGUCGGAGCACUCCAGAAUCGGACGUUGGAGCGGGAGGAGAAGAGGAGGCUGGCUCGCCCCCCUUCUCCCCACCUGCUGGGGGAGGAGUCCCUGAGGGGACUGGGGCUGGAGGGCUGGCAGCAGGUGGGGCUGGGGGCGGGCCAGACCGACUGGAGCCAGAGAUGGUGCGCAUGGUGGUGGAGAGUGUGGAGAGGAUCUUCCGGAGCUUUCCUAGGGGAGAUGCUGGGGAGGUCACGUCUCUGCUGAAGCUGAAUAAGAAGCUGGCACGGAGCGUGGGGCACAUCUUUGAGAUGGAUGAUAAUGACAGCCAGAAAGAAGAGGAGAUCCGCAAGUAUAGCAUCAUCUAUGGUCGCUUUGACUCCAAGCGGCGGGAAGGCAAGCAGCUUAGUCUGCAUGAGUUGACCAUCAAUGAGGCUGCUGCACAGUUCUGCAUGAGAGACAAUACGCUCUUACUGCGCAGGGUGGAACUCUUCUCCCUGUCUCGCCAGGUGGCCCGAGAGAGCACCUACCUGUCGUCUUUGAAGGGCUCCAGGCUCCAUCCUGAAGAAUUAGGAGGCCCCCCACUGAAGAAGCUGAAACAAGAGGUUGGAGAACAGAGUCACCCUGAAAUCCAGCAGCCUCCUCCAGGCCCUGAGUCUUACGCACCCCCGUACCGUCCCAGUCUGGAGGAAGACAGUGCCAGCCUCUCUGGGGAGAGUCUAGACGGACACUUGCAGGAGUUCGAGGAAGGGCUGCUGGACCGGUGUCCCUCCCCAGGAUCCCACCCGACACUGGUGGAGGGCCGCAGAAGCAGCGUGAAAGUGGAGGCUGAGGCCAGCCGGCAGUGAGGGGCAGACUGGUGUCCCCAGACCCAUGGCCCCAGGCUUCGGACUCACACAGACCCUUACGUUCUCCGUCCCAGAAUCUAGUCACAACCCUGGAUCCUUUCGCUGCCCUUCUCCUGCCUCCCGACCUGCUCCAUGGGCGUAGGACUAUGGGGCUUCAAGCAAUAACGAGCAGGGGCCUGCGAGAGGACACAAGGACGGUGCGUGGUGCCCCCUCACCCUUGCCCAGAGCAAGGGGGCGAGGACUCUGCCUCCAGGCUCUGGGGCUCUCCCUCCCUCACACAGCACACUCCCAUUCUCUAGGCUUGCGCCAUGGUGUGAGCAGUUGGACUCAGUUUGGACAUGGGGGAAAGGGGACUUCCCUGGGAAGGUCCAGCAGCUAAAAAUGGCAGCAUUUCCCCCCAGAGCUGGGGGCCUGGAAACACUGGACCUGUUCCUUCUCCCUUCUUCCCCCAUAUCGUGCUUCUAGUUUGUUCCUUUUAAUUUAAUAAGUGCUGCAGUUUGCCCACCCAUCCCCAUCUCUCCCCCUGAGUCCUCAGCAAUUAUUUUCCUCCUGCCCUCCAGGUGGGGGGGGGUGAUGUGGGAUCCCUUCACCAGCCCCCUUGGGAGACCUGGGUUUGACUCAGGGGCUCCCCCAGCUAGGGGCUGGGGUGCAGCACCUAUCUGACCAGUUAGAGCAUCUUUCUUUUCAGAUUGUGUACAGUAGAUUAUUUAUUUUGUUAUUUUGGAAUAAAAUUUAUUUUAUGGCUUA